ACUGCUGCGAUAAAUAAACAGACAUCACUGUUUGCCUGUUAUCUAACACGGGACGACGGUCCCUGGAAUAAAUUGUUUGCCGUUGCUAGGCCCCUGGUUCUACGUUACUGGGCAUCCCCUUUGAUCCUCUUGCACGAUAGUUAACGAGACACCUUUAUAUCCGGAACUUGCAUUUGGUUUUAACACGGGUCUUUUAAGUUACUGAGAUAUUUGAUAAGAUGUUGUUUGUAGUGAAGGUUUACGAAUGUGUGCAAUAUUUCGCUAGGUAGAAAUUCUUGAAUUAUCUAGACGGCUAAUAUUAGCACGCCGCUAACUAGCUAGGCGAUGGCCAUUCCAACCUAUGGAGUUCGGUAGGCAUUAGCUAUAAUAUUGUGUCGGUUUGCAAACUGCCCUUUUCAUUCCAAGUGGCGUCGACACUGGCACUGAUGCUGGCAGUACGAUCACUGUGAAAACAAUCACACCAUUUACUUGAAGCACAAACUUCAGCAGGCAACGCGCUCUUUUGCUGUGUUGUCUGACCCUCGCCCACCCUCAUCGUCAUCAUGUCCAAAAGCAAAAGCGCCGAGUCGGUGAAGGUGGUGGUUCGCUGCCGGCCCAUGAACGAGAAGGAGCGGGCGGCCAACUACGAGCGGGUGGUGUCUGUGGACGUCAAACUGGGCCAGGUGGCAGUCCGCAACCCUCGCGGCUCCUCCCCGCACAAGGUCUUCACCUUCGACUCGGUAUACGACUGGAACUCCAAGCAGGUGGACCUGUACGACGAGACCUUCCGGCCGCUGGUCGACUCGGUGCUGCUGGGCUUCAACGGCACCAUCUUCGCGUACGGCCAGACGGGCACGGGCAAGACCUACACCAUGGAGGGCGUGCGCAACGACCCCGAGCGCCGCGGCGUCAUCCCCAACUCCUUCGAGCACAUCUUCACGCACAUCUCGCGCUCGCAGAACCAGCAGUACCUGGUGCGCGCCUCCUACCUGGAGAUCUACCAGGAGGAGAUCCGCGACCUGCUCUCCAAGGACCAGGCGCGCCGCCUGGAGCUGAAGGAGCGGCCCGACACCGGCGUCUACGUCAAGGACCUCUCCUCCUUCGUCACCAAGAGCGUGCGCGAGAUCGAGCACGUGAUGAACGUGGGCAACCAGAACCGCUCGGUGGGCGCCACCAACAUGAACGAGCACAGCUCCAGGUCGCACGCCAUCUUUGUCAUCACCAUCGAGUGCAGCGAGAUGGGCGUGGACGGCGAGAGCCACAUACGCGUCGGAAAACUCAACCUAGUAGAUCUGGCGGGAAGCGAACGACAGACCAAGACGGGUGCCCAAGGCGAGCGGCUGAAAGAGGCCACCAAGAUCAACCUGUCGCUGUCGGCCCUGGGCAACGUGAUCUCGGCGCUGGUGGACGGCCGCAGCACGCACAUCCCCUACCGCGACUCCAAGCUGACGCGCCUGUUGCAGGACUCGCUGGGGGGCAACGCGCGCACCGUCAUGGUGGCCAACAUCGGGCCGGCCUCCUACAACGUGGAGGAGACGCUGACCACGCUGCGCUACUCCAAUCGCGCCAAAAACAUCAAGAACAAGCCGCGCGUCAACGAGGACCCCAAAGACGCGCUGCUCCGAGAGUUCCAGGAGGAGAUUGCACGUCUCAAGGCCCAGCUGGAGAAGAAGUCAGGCCGGCGGAAGAAGAAGCGGCGCCGCAGGAGGGGCGGAGAGGCCGGGGACGAUGGCGGAACGGAAGACGACGAGGACGAUGAGGACGACGAUGGGGAGGAUGAGGACGGAGAAGAGGAGUCGGGGCCCCAGGGGGACAAGCCGGACUACUGGCGGGAGCAGCAGGAGAAGCUGGAGAAGGAGAAGAAGGCCAUCCUGGAGGACCACAGCCUGGUGGCCGACGAGAAGAAGCGGCUGCUCAAGCAGAAGGAGCGCAAGAUGGACGACCUGUCCAGGGAGAAGGAGGCCAGCGAGCUCCUCGGUGCCAAGAUUAAGGCCAUGGAAAGCAAGCUGCUGGUUGGAGGAAAGAACAUUGUCGACCACACUAACGAGCAGCAGAGGAUCCUUGAACAGAAACGCAAGGAGAUUGCAGAACAGAAACGGCGGGAGCGUGAGAUGCAACAGCAGGUGGAGUGUCAGGACGAGGAGACACUAGAGUUGAAGGAGACCUACAGCUCUCUACAGCAGGAGGUGGACAUCAAAACCAAGAAACUAAAAAAGCUCUUUGCCAAGCUGCAGGCAGUGAAGUCUGAGAUCCAAGACAUUCAGGAGUCGCACAUUAAGGAGAGACAGGACCUGGAGCAGAACCAGAACGAGCUCACCAGGGAACUCAAACUCAAGACUCUGAUCAUGGAGAACUUUAUCCCCUUGGAGGAGAAGACCAAGAUCGAGAACAGGGCCUUCUUUGACGAGGAGGAUGACUGCUGGAAGCUGAAGCCCAUUACCCGGAUAGAGAGUGAUGAUCAGAAGAUGAUGACGAGGCCGGUGUCUGCGGUGGGCUACAGGAGGCCGCUCAGCCAACAUGCUCGACUGGCCAUGAUGAUGCGACCAGAUGUCAGAUACAAGGCUGAGAAUAUCCUGCUGCUGGAGCUGGACAUGCCCGGCCGGACCACCAAGGAGUACGAGGAGCCCGUCAUCGCGCCGAAAGUGGCGGCGGCGCUGGAGGAUGCACUGCGCGACGAGGAUGAGAUCCAGGUGGAUGCCGGCCUCUACAGCGCCGGGUGCAGCCCCGGACUUGGUGGAGGCGGAGGGGGAGGCCUCGGCCUCGGCGGGGGCGGCGGCUACGGAGGCCUUGCCAUCAGCCUCAGCUCUAGCUCCAGCAGCCUGGGAGCCAUCAGCCCCGGAGCAAGCUCCAGCUCCGGCUCCGCCAAGAAGCCCAAGUCAGGCCGCCCCAAAACCGGCAAGAAAGUGAGCACCCCCACGUCCGCACACAGCCCCUCGGCGACCAGCCACGCCCUCUACCCACAAUCCCGUGGGCUUGUGCCAAAGUGAUCGCCACACUGCUCCUGGCCCCACUCGGCCUGCCAACCUUGUACUGUUGUUGUUAACCACCCCCCUCCACCCACGACCUGAAUGAUGCUGGAUCACAAGGAAUGACUCACCGCCCAACUCCCCCAUUACUUCAAUCCACCACCAACCCUAAGCCUCCUCCUCCUCCUCUCCUCAUAUACAAUCGUCCCUACCCUACACUUCUACCCUUCACCAUCCCUGCCAACUGCUUUCAAGUUCAGGAUGUCAAGACUUCAGUCUUACCUGUUGACCAACUAUAUUGUAGCCUGGCAUGAUCAGAUAAGACGACAAUCCUACUACUACUACCACUAAUAAUAAUGGCAGGCAUUGUGUGAACAACCGUAUUCCCACCCCAAACACGCCACUCCUCUUACUGCUAGCCUACACAGAUGUCCUCAGCAUCGAAUUCAAAUGAGCGCAAACACAACAACAACAAAAACAAAUGGACCUCAGAAACCAGCCACCAACCACCCAGGGGAGUGGCCAGUAGGUGAUGUCAUCACUGAGACGGUGAUCCUUGGCUCAUGUUCUAAUGGAGGUCUUCCUGGUUCCUUACUCUGCUACAUUGAUGUUCACCAAGAACUCAUGCUGUUGUAACGAAAACUAAAGACAUGCUGGCGUACUUUAUAUGGCCCCUACUUGAACCAUAGGCCUAUUUUAUGUCUCCUGUGUGUCCGUGUUUGUUAAUGUCCAUAUGUAUGUUUGUUUACUUUUUUAAAAUGUGUGUGCGCUGUAAUGAAAUUGUCCGUUAAAACAGAUUUUUUUUUCGUAAGGGUAGCUGGUUUUGUCACAGCAUGCCGUUGGGGGUGGCGCGGUGUGACCAGUCAAGACACUGCGCUGUGUCCAUAAUACCAGGUGUAUUGCUCUUGUGUACGUGGGCUUCUCUCUUUUUAUUACUACUUCAGAUGUUGGGUUUACAAAUGAAAAGCGUCACUAUUGGAAUUGGCAGCUGUGAGGUGGAGAUGAAGAAGGCUUUAAAUGGGCUUUUCUUCUUCGACCCUAGCAAGCCCUGCUGAUGAGUCUUAAAAUAAGACAUGAAAAGAAGAUGCUGCACCCUACUGCGCUGCGCCACACGCUCCACGCUGCCAGACGGAUUUCUGAUUAGUCCACUGUCUUCUCUUUCUCUCCCUCUCUCUCUCUCUCUCUCUCACUCUGGAGUACCUGAGCCGGAGAGGAGAGGGAGCCAAGGUGGGGGGCCGAACGGUGAACGAGGGUCAAUGCCAACCAAAAACCAUCAGGGUUCCAAGGUGCCUUAAAGAGUUCCCCACAUUUUCUUUUUGUUUGUUUGUUUGUUUUUCAAAGUUGGAAGAAAGAUUUACACAAAAAGAUUCAACGUUGAGUGCAUUUCUUAUGGAGCCAAGUGUCCCUUUGCAUUUCAAAAACUCCCGAUUUCAAAUAUUGUUGAAGAUUUUAGAGGAGAUUAGCUGACCGAGAAUACUUGACCUCAGUUCUAGUUUCGAAACUUGCUGGAAAACCUUUUGUGGGGCGAAACCUUACAAUGCAGACAGCCACCUUGCAUUGGGUUAAUGACUCUGGGAUUGUAAACAUGAACCUAAACCCCAUGGGAGAUGCAGGUUUGAACCCCAUUCGGCCCCUUUCCAGAAUCUGUGAUUGUUGGCCUGGCCUGUCCCCCCCCCCUCCGCACUACACCUCACCUCCCCAGUCCUGUGUUUGCAAACCCCAGGGUCGUGCCACUGCUACUGCUGACGCUGCUGCUGUAGGGUUACCCUGCCCAAUCAUCCCCACUCUCACAUCACCUAGCUUGCAGUUAUAUGUGUACAUGUACAGAGUUGUCUAUAGGGGAAUUAAUGCAGAGCCGUUGUUGCUGUUAUGUAAUUAAUGAGAGAGAUUAAAACACAAGAUUAAAGCAAUCUUAGAGGUUGAGAAAGAGGCUAAGUUAUUGCAAUACCACAUUUGUAUGUCAUUUCCAUGUACCAACAGUUGUAGAUAUGGUUUAUCAUUUUUUGACAUUUUUUAUAUGAAAAAGAUAUAGAUUCCGUUGUUUAUUUUUUGAUGUCUAUUAUUUAAAGUUGUCCAUACAUUUAUUUUUGCAUUUACUGAGGUGUUUUUUUUUUUUUUAAAUCCCACAAAGUAAAUGUAUUUCCUGUUCAUUUGCUUUACAAUGGCGUUAAUAUGAUUUGCAUUUUGCAAAUACAGUACACAACAUCUUUGUGGUGAGGCUAUAUAGUACUUAAGAUAUUAAGGAAUUGUUAAGAGAGAGGGAGUUGAACGUCAGGAUGUUUUAAUGUUUGCACAAGAAAUAUACAAAAGAUGUGUAAUAGGCUUAAUACGGCCCUUUAAUAAUAAGUCACUUAAGAACCCCUAUGGACCAUCCACGGCUUAUCACUACCUUUUGCUCAGCAUGACCUGAGAGCAGAAAGCUGGUAACCUCGUUGCUAGACUUAACACGGUAACGGAAAUGUGAAUGUUUUUUUCCCUGUCAUGAGUCCUACAAAAAAAACACUACAACCCUCGUUAGGUAGUCGUAGCCACUGAACAAAGACUGAUCUGAAUGAAAUUAUCAACCCAGGAAAGAUUUUUUUUUCUCUACCCCAUCCUGUAAUAUUGAUGUUGCAAGAGCUGUUUUAGCCAACUGAGAUGACGCAUUCUUAAUGUAUGGCUGACCAGGAAUUGCACACAUUGUCAAUGUAUUUUACUUAUCUUUUUUUAAAAAUAAAGAAACCUCGUAAUAUA